ACAUCUAUUCGAUCAAAUAAACCAUUACAUUGUUUGUUAACCAAAUUCGACACUCAUUGACCUCCAUACAAAAAACUCCUUGCUUGAUGAGCGAAAAAACGCCACCUGCUGGAGAAGAAAGAUCUUGACAGAUUGAGUGCAGUUAUCUCUCUCGCUUCGUCUCUUCUUACAUGCCUGCAAACAGCACUGGCUGGCUGGUUAACGAAAGUUCCCGAACCCCACCGGAAUUUCCCGGAACUGUGUGCGGCAAAUAUACAGGAGGAAACACAUGGCCAGGCACGCUUAUCAACUGCAUAAUAUAGAACAAAAUAUUGUAUUAAACAUCUGGCUGCUUUACAUCCUAAUUGAAUAUAGUAUAUUUUAAUAGCCCGACGAGUUAUCUCAGUUCGUUCAUCAUGACGUUGAUGUGCUACAACAAAGGUUGCGGACAACGAUUUGACCCAGACGACAACCCUGGUGAUGCCUGUACCUUUCACCCUGGUGUGCCAGUUUUUCACGAUGCGCUUAAGGGCUGGUCCUGCUGCACGAGACGCACCACAGACUUCUCAGACUUCCUCAGCAUAGAGGGCUGCAGCAGAGGUAUCCAUAACAGAGAGAAGCCAGCGGAGCCGAUCAGGCCGGAGGUGACGAGCUCGGAGGGGAGGAGAGAGAAGGGGGAGGAGCUAAAGCCUCGUGGUGACCCCUAUAUCAUUCAGGCUCCUAAACCACUGGAGCUGAUACACCGACCCAGUGGUGAUGAGCCCCUGGUCAGACUUCAGCAGAAGGUGUUCUCCUCUCUGAGACAGGCUCUGGAGAAACUCCAGCUGGCAGAGAACAGCCAACCUCACAACACAGAGGAAGAGGUGGUGAAGAUUAGCACGUGCUGUAAGAAUGGAGGCUGCUCCAAGUCUUUCUCUGGUCCAGGGAGUAACGAGGAAUGUAAACACCACCCUGGAGUCCCCAACUUCCACGAGGGGGUGAAGUUCUGGAGCUGCUGUAGGAGGAAGACGUCUGACUUUAACUGUUUCCUGGCCCAGGAGGGCUGCACCACAGGAAGUCACCUCUGGAGGAAACCAGACAAGGGGAUGAAGGUGGUACCGUGUAGGUUUGAUUGGCACCAGACAGGCAGCCAGGUCAUCAUCUCGAUCUAUGCCAAGAACUCUCUACCAGAGCUCAGCUAUGCAGAGGCCAAUGGCACCACGGUGAUCAUCCAUGUGGUCUUUGAGGGAGAGAAGGAGUUUGAGCAGAAGAUCAACUUAUGGGGGGUGAUCGAUGUGAGUAGCAGCGUGGUCAACAUGAUGUCUUCCAAGAUGGAGAUCUCUCUGGGGAAGGAGGAGCCAAUCACCUGGGCCCGUCUGGACCUGCCCUCUCCCACAGACACGCCCACUGAGGGGGGGAAUGGGGAUGCGUAGAACAAGACAGAGAAUGAAAUCAAUCACAUGGUACAUGCUCCUCCCAUAUGUGUUAAUGAACCUGUUGAAGAUGGGCUGAGAGCAGCAUGUAUAUCGUACAUACGCAGGACUUUCUGUAUUUAUUUCUGACAUUCUGCUCAGAAUGCGGAGGCUGAACUUCACUGAAACACUGUCUGAAGGCAAUAACCAUCCGGUCUUCCUCCUCACUUGAGAUGCAGGCAGCUAUCACCAUAGCAUCCCUCAUCACUUAAAGAGAUGCAGGCAGCUAUCACCAUAGCAUCCCUCAUCACUUAAAGAGAUGCAGGCAGCUAUCACCAUAGCAUCCCUCAUCACUUAAAGAGAUGCAGGCAGCUAUCACCAUAGCAUCCCUCAUCAGGAUCUGGAGCUAAGGAGCAAUUGGGGACAGCCAGUCAGAAUGUAAACUGUUCUCACACACACACCAGAGGAGGACGGGCUCAUUGUAAUGGCUGAAUUGAACAGAGUCAAAUGUGUUUGAUACCUAUUCAUUUAUUCCACACACACGGUCCUCCUGUUCUUUGUCAAUUGCAUUUGAGACUAUCUGUGCCAUUUAUUGAUAUCAGUUGCCUUCCAGAAAAUGUAACCUGUCAAAUGAAGUUCUCUUGCUUUAAGUCUUUGUUUCGGGUUUUAAUUGUUUUACAGCACUUCUGUGAUUUAGUUUCACUCUUUGCUUUCUGUAGUUAGCUUUAUUUGCCUUGUUUUGUAUGAAAACAAUGUGCUCUCCCACAAACUUAAUAAAACUCUGAACCUACAUUGUAA